CGAUGCAAAUCGCAAACUUGGCAUCUCUGUCUUUCCUUUUGAAUAUGACUCUGGUGUCUUUUUGUUGUUCGCCUAGUUUCUAGGCAUAUUGAGGCUGCAGAUUAACACUUUGAAUCCCCGUCUGAAGCAUUUUUUUUAUGACUUCUUAUGUUAGAAUAAAAAACUUGGUGAAAUAAUAGGAACAGCAGCAGCCGCCGGACCCGUCAGUGAGAAGGGAUUAUUUUUUUCUUUGCCUUCUUUAAAGACUAAACAGUGGAUGUUUUACAGUGCAGUCAGAUAGGGUCGAGUGUCUCUCCUCCCCUGCACACCGCGGCUACCUGGCGAGAAGAUUUGGAUUAAGACUAAUGAACUGGGGGGUAAAUAAUCUCCACGGGACUGUUUCACGGGGCGCAAACUGACUCAUUGUCUCGCUGUGGGAUUUUUUUUUUUCUACACCUCUUGGCUGAAGACGAUGUCUGUCCGGGGAUACUUUGUCGCUUUUUCCAAAUGCACAGUUCUUCUUUCUCUGAGGAUUUUGCUUCUUGUGCCUGCAGGGUUGCCAGUCCGCAGCCAAGGGGAUUCUCAGUCCGACAACAAAGUGAUGGACAAUAUCACCGUCCGACAAGGAGAGACGGUCUUUCUCAGGUGCGCACAGGGGGAUGUUGUCACACACACAGCAUGGCUAAACCGGUCGAGUAUACUGUAUGCUGGAGAAGACAAAUGGUCGGUGGACCCCAGAGUGAGUCUGGUGACCCUUAAUCAAGAGGAGUUUACCAUCAAGAUUGAAAACGUGGACAUGACAGAUGAGGGGCAGUAUGUGUGCGCAGUCCAGACAAGCAGUCGACCGAGAACCACCUCAGUGCACAUCCUUGUCCAAGUACCACCGAAAAUCAUCAACCUGUCAAGAGAUAUUGUGGUAAAUGAAGGCUCCAAUGUCACCCUGAUGUGCCAAGCAAGUGGUAAACCAGAUCCCUCCAUCAGCUGGAAACUCAUCUCCUCCUCAGGGGACCUGGCAUCAGACGAUGAGUACCUGGAAAUCCCAUCUAUCUCCAGACAGAGAGCAGGGACGUACGAAUGCACAGCUGUCAACGAUAUUGACACAGAUGUCCAGACUGUAGACAUCACCGUUAACUAUGCUCCAACUGUGUCAGAGGGCAGAGAUGUCGGAGUGACUCUGGGCCAAAGAGGAGUGCUGGAGUGUGAGGCGGAUGCAGUGCCUGAGGCAGAUUUUGAGUGGUAUAAAGAUGACAGAAGGAUCUUCAAUGGCUUUGAUGGCAUGGAAAUUGUGAAUACUGGAUCACUGUCGAAGCUGACGUUUUUUAAUGUGUCUGAUGGAGAUUACGGCAACUACACUUGUGUCGCCAUCAACAAACUUGGGAGCUCAAACACAAGCUUCCUUCUGUAUGUGGUAAUUGAACCCACUAGCUCAACGCUAUUGCAAGGACCGAGAGCAGUUCAAGAUGGCAGCGGCGGCGCAAUGGGAGUGCACUCACACACCUGUCUGCUCUUCAUGGUGAUCCUGCCGUUCCUGCUCAGAUUUUGAAGAGGAAUGGAUGUGAACACAAGUAUUGUGUGUGUGUGUGUGUGUGUGUGUGUGUGGGUGUGUGUGUGGGUGUGUGCGAGAGAGAGAGAGAGAGAGAGAGAGAGAGAGAGAGAGAGUGGUGGUGUGUGUUUUUCUUUUUUCAACUGGAACCAUAAACUGAUGCACAGUGAGUGCAUGAAGUAUCCUGCUACGUAAUGAUGUUGACCCACUAAAUAAGUACAUAACAAAAGUUUGUUUCUGUUUCUGUUUUUUUUUAGAUUUUCAAGGAUGUAACAAAUGUUUCACAUUUUAGUUGUAUUAUGUUGGAAAUUUUCUCUCUAAAUUAUAUUAUUCUGGAUUAUCUCUUUUUACAUAUAUGUCUCGGAGGAAAAAAUAAGAUUUUUUAAUUGUGGUGUGGUUAUUCAAAUGGAUUUUUUUUUUUUUUAACUGCAUUGCAUAUUCAUCUCAACUCCAGGAAAAGGCAAAUUUACAGCAAGUAUGGGAGGUGAAUGUUAAAUACCUCAAAGUCAAACUGAGACACUGAAGCAGAAGGAAUUUAGGUUACCCUAAGGCAGAAAGCCUGGUAUUAUCACAUUUUAAUCUAUAAUAAUUAUCAUUCAGUCUGGUUGUUGAAACACAAUUGUUUUUGACCUUCAAGUAUUUUUGUUCU